AUUUUGUGUUUGGUUAUACUUUUGUUCCAUCAGAGUAACUUGGUUUCCUCUCGAUUACCCAAUUACCAAUAUCAUGUUGACUCGUUGGUUGACACUAGAAAGGCGUUGCUGUCUUAUUUCGCAGAAACGGCAGGUGGGUGUUGGAUACUGGCAUGCAAAGAGUACGCUACGAGAACACAACUGUAAUUGUAGUCGAGAUUUUAUUAUUAUUAUUGUUAUUAUUAUUAUUAUUAUUAUUAUACUUCCUUUUGAAGAACUGCCCUUUUAUCAUAUCAAGGUCAUUUUUUGUAACGUACAAAAUUAACUUGAAAUAAUUGAAGAAAACCUCCAAAUCGUACGUUAAAUAAUUCAUCGACCUGAAAAAAAACAAUCCGCCCAGAAUUCAAAAGGUAGUCUUAGAUAAUGGAGAUAAAGAUAGAUUACAAAUAACAAACUUGGAAGAUUAUGGAUGACUCAUUAACGAAGCACGAAUAAGGCUAAAUUAUUUAAAAUGCGCAAACAACUAUCUUCUGUAAUUGGGGGAAUAAAAGUUACAAUAAGAAAUGAAUUGUUUAAUAAGUUGCACAAUGAUUGUCAGAUGAAAAAUGUAGGUCCUGCAUUCAGAUAGCCUGUGAACAGGCCUUUGGUCGAGCGGGAAACUCACUUUCCCUUUCCUUUCCUCGCUAUUUUUUUCCCUAAACAGAGAGCCUGAUCGCAGGCUAACAUUCAGAAACUUAGUAACAAAACAAGAUCGAUGACGGAAAUAAUGCGAGUAACUUAAAUUCACUUUUGCCUUAUUGGUAGACAAGCAUUUGCAAAGCCUCAAGACCCUCUCAGUUCCAAUAUCCACAUGCAAAUUUCCCAUACUGAUAUCAAUAAGUUGAGAGAAUUUGAUCAAAGAUCAAAGCAUUUUCUGUUUAUUGUUUAUUUUAAUAUUUCUCAUAAACUUUUCUCUUUAUGAGGUAUGAAUGAUGUUGAUCAGUCUUGGGACGUGAAGGGUUAAGAUAGUCGUGUUGCUUCAAAUUAAGAUAUGAUUGUGUGUUUAUUACUUUGCAGCUUAAUCUAUUUUGAUUCUAUCUGUUCUAUCUGAAUUAGUGUUACGAGAAGUGGCAGCUAGGAACAAAUUAAAUUCAUCAGUCCAUGAAUCAAACACCAAACAAUUAUUCUUUUAACUAUUUUCUUACUUCUUUGCAUAACGUAACAAUUUUUGUUCCCUUCAUUUUUUUCAAUUAGCUUCGUCGCCGUCCAACAGCCUGCUGACAAACGUGGAAGAAAUAGAAAGAGCAGUUUACGAGAGACAGGCCCAUGGUUCUCUUUACCUCCAAACACCAACCAGAGUGAAGAAGAUCGAAGGCAUCAUCAAGCUUGCCGCUCAGCAUGGCAACGAACAAUUUCUUCGCCAAGCACUUGGUCAUGCGCUGUACACUACCAUCAACAUACAGAAAAGCAAGCACUCUUCCCUGACUUCGCGUCGUAAAAAGCGAUGUGCAAUAUGCGUCGAAGCAGUUAAGAAAAUGAUGCGAUCAAUCAAAAGGACCAUCGGAAAACGCAAUUUUAAAAGUUUUGUUGGCAACGAAAACGGCAAUAAGGCAACACUUACGUUUGCGGUGGAUGACACGGGAAGUAUGUAUCAAGAAAUUCAAGCAGUCAAGGAUAUCGCAACUUACAUCGUUAAAAUGCCAAGGCCAAAUUUAGAAGUGGAUUUUAUUUUGUCGCCUUUUAACGAUCCAGGUUUGUGAGUUCUUAGUUUACACUUAUUCACCGAAAAUAUCCUUAAAUAACAGAUUUAAAACACUUCCUUAUGUAAUCGUUGGGUUCUUUCAAGAAUAAAUUACCUUUCAUUAUUAUAGUCUUUUCGAGUAUUCGAUGUGCAAGUUGGAAGAGUUCUAACAGCUGCUUUAAAACAAUCUUUCAGUCGUAAUAAGUUCUAUUCAUGGCUUGAUAAAUCUAAAUGACGACAAGCACCUUUUGGUAACCUGAUGAUGAGGGCAGUGAUAUGAAAGACCUGGCUUAAAAAAAUUGCGUAAAAUCAGUCCACAAAAGCCAACCAAAACUUCCUCAAAAUUAGAGACCACUUAAAACUAAGUGUCCUUAAAGUAAUUUUUACUAGUUUACAUUUAAAAAGUAAGUGUUUAAUGGGCGGAGAUAUAACAUCUAACGAAUGUAAAUUCCAAUUCUACGGCUUUCUCCUGCUCGGUUGUGUAUAAAUUUGUCAGCUCGAACGGACAAUUACAAUUUCCAUUCAAUUUUCCUCUCACUCACCGCCACCAAUAAGCACCCAAACCUUACCCCACCAUCCUAGAAUGGAAUUAUGCAAUUUGCGUAUUGUCACUCAAAUCUUCACGUUACACAGCCGCUCACUGAGCUAAAAAUAAAGUCAUUCGAGUAGUAAUAUAACUCCAGACUGGUUAUUUAGCUCUCUCGUGACAAGCAAAUAAACCUUUCAUAGAGGAGCUCCACGCUCGAGUGGAUCUCCAUAACUAAGAAAAUGUGGUACUCUAUCAUUCCGAGAAAUUUUGGUAAUCACAUGACCGUACGCCCGCGCGUCCGUCCGAACCACAAGGAAGCCAAUUUAAAAUGUCACACUUUCUAAAACGUGGGAAAUUGCAACCUGAUAUUGCACAUCCAUGUUGAUGUCAUUUAACAGCUGUCAAAAGAGGCUAUCCGCUGACCAGAAUCACAUGACCAUAUUAAGGGCUCAGGCGUGGACCCAUAGAGGUUACGUGUUUUUUUAAGUUCUGGGCUGACAAGUUACUAGUUUUCGGUUGAUCGCGGGCUCAACCCUUUUUAACGGGAGCUUCGUCUUUAGACACGGCUAACUUUAUGUAUUACCAAAGAUGAAGAAGUUAGACGUAGUUUUUAUCUUUUAACUCCUCAGAAAGGGGCAGAGCCAUAAGGAAAGGUGCUGGAAAAGGAAAAGAAUUUAUUGACCAAAUUGAUGCUCUUUAUGCAAGUGGCGGAGGAGACUGCAAGGAGAUGGCCUUCACUGGAAUUCUGGAAGCCCUGAAAAAAGGUCCCGUAAGCAAUUCACCCCUGUACGUUUUUACAGAUGCUCCACCGAAAGACGUUUCAUUGUUAAAAGACGCAAAGAGAAAACUAUACUAUCGAGGUGUACAUGUUUACUUUUUUCUAACUACUGCCUGUGGUGACGAAGGCGAUUACAAGCCAUUCGAGCAACUUGCCAAGGACACUUGUGGGGGGAUUUUUGAGCUGCCAAAAUCUAGGUCCGAUAUCGCAGAGAUGAAGAAUUUUACAAGAGUGCUCCUUGAAGAGGUGACAUGUAAUAGCUAUAGUGGAUUUCCACAGUUCCGUAAGAAGAAACGGAGUGUUGCCGCAAAGGAAUACAAAUUGAUGGUAGAUGACACAAUGGACAAAAUAAUUGUAUCGAUCUCUAGUGCCAACAGCUCUCCAAAAAUAACACUCAGAGAUCCCCUGGGAAAUUCUGUUGAAAAGACAACGGUGUAUAAAUUGGUGACAAUUUUCGAGGUGGCUAACCGAAAGCCUGGACUUUGGACGCUUACUGUACCACCUGACGCUGGAAAACACACAUAUCUGUUCAAGGGAACCAGCAAGACCAACAUGGAUUUCGAUUUCAUCUUUGUCAUUCCUCGUGUAAGAGGAACGCCUCUACCAAUAUCACAUCCUCUUACUGGUGAGACUUUGAUCAGCAUUAUUAUUAUAAAUGAUAAAUAGAAUUAAUGAUAUGUGUGGAGAGAACAACUCAUCAUUAUCGUUAUUGUGCAAUCCAUGAACUUAAAUGACAUGGACUUUAAAAUAGGGAGGAGUUACAAUGCCUUCCCUCCCUCUUCCCUUCUCGUCAUAUUUUAUUAUUCUCUUUUUAUAAUUAAUCUUUUGAAUCUUAAAAUUCUUCUUAACCGUGUAGUUAUGGUUCCGGAGUCUGGAUAGUUCAGCCCAGCUUCUCGAUGGUUUCUAAGCUUCAAAACGGCCAGUUGCAUUUUCAAAUUGGCAGAAAUAAACCCAAUAAGAACAAAGUGAUAAUUUCAUCAUGAAACUUGUGUAGUUAAAGUUGAGUUUUUUCCCAGUUAAAAUGCAUUGCUAGCUUGGUGACUUCCACUUACCCCUCCCCUAACUCAACGUUAACAUUUACUUCCCACUUAGGACAAAAUGCUGGGUUGGGGGAGGGGUAGUAGGCUGUUUCCUAGAAACCCAAAUUGAUCUAACGUUUCUUCUUCAUCUUAUAUUCAGGAAAAUACGCGCAUGUCGUCUUGAUAGUGAGAGAGGCUGGUAAAAUACAGUCGUCAUCUCUGUACCUUAACAUCCUGAAGGAAGAUGGAAGCGUCCUUCGCACAGCGUCUGUCAGACCAGCUGGAACUAGAACUACAGCACAUUUCUCGGCCACCUUUGUUACUCCAUCGGCCCCCUUUAAGCUGCAACUGAGGGGCAAGACCAAGAAAAACUUUGACUUUGAACGCAAUUCCAAGAUCACUAUACAACCCAGCCAUGUAAUGGUCAAAGUCAUCUAUUCCGAAAGUGAAUUCACGGUUCCCAAACACACCAAUGAAUCAGUCAUGUUUUUAGUCUUCAACACUUAUGUUACUGAAAUGUUUGAUGUUUCAGUUGAAGCUACGUCAGUGUUCAACACCUACUAUCAAAGAUCACACCUCGUCUACCAAGACCGUCUGGCCACAAUUGACGUGUAUUUUUCCGCAUCGCCUUUGGCCGCCACAGGAACCGCAGAGGACGUGCUAGUCACUGUAAUUGGUCGAACGUCGAAGGCCACUGCCAAGACCGUUGUGAGUUUGAUGGUUUCUUAA